AUGAAGAACGAAACCGCUGUUCUAGAAUUUACUCUUCUGGGUUUUUCUGUCUUGGGUGAAUCAAGAUUUUUUCUUUUCCUUCUUAUAUUUACCAUUUACAUAGUUACUAUCUCAGCUAACAUCUUCAUCAUCAUCCUUGUUAAAACUGAUAUGUGUCUCCAUAAGCCUAUGUACUUCUUCAUUGGUGAACUAUCAUUUUUAGAGAUCUGGUAUCCUUCUGUCACCGUUCCUAGACUGCUCUGGGCUCUCCUGACAAAAAAAGAUUCUAUAUCUUUUGUUGGUUGCAUGACUCAGUUUUAUUUCCACUUUUCCUUUGGUGCAAUUGAAAAUUUUCUCCUUGCUAUCAUGGCCUACGAUCGCUAUGUUGCUGUCUGCAUCCCUUUGAGAUAUCUGCUUAUCAUGAAUCCCGAUGUUUGUGUUAAACUUCUGUUGGGUUCAUGGGUUUUUGGCUUUAAUGUAAUCAUUAUUUUCAGUCUGCAAGUCUUCAAUCUACCAUUUUGCUUCCAGAACAAAAUUGAUCACUAUUAUUGUGACUUUGCCCCACUGGUCAAACUGUCGUGCUCCGAGACAUCAGACGUAGAAAAGCUUUUUUUUGCCACUGCUUGCUUUGUCAUUUUGGGCUGUUUUCUGGUUAUUAUCGUAUCAUACAUCUCUUUCAUUAGAACCACGGUGGCCCUGAAUGGAAGUCCAAUGGGCAGCCAGAUGUAA